AUGAAGCAUUUCAUCUUCCCAGACAUUGAUCACGAUACCCCAGUGGAUUUUCAAAUACAAAAAAGAAUCAAGAAAGUAUUUUACGACUUUGUCAAAGGAAUGCCUGCUGAAAUCGGAACAGAACUACCCGAGUCAAUUGAGUUAAAAUUGGAACCAACUUCUUUAUUGUCUACUCCUCAAUUGGCAGCAAUACAUGGAAAACGUCUAGAAACACAUGUAGUACUUUCAAAGGAUGGAUAUCUUUUAACUUUACAUCGUCUUAUAAAUCCUUGUAUAAAUGAAGGUUGCAAAGCCAACCUUAAUGAAACUAUACUCUUACACCAUGGCUUAUUAGGAAGUUCAGCAGAUUGGAUAUUACUUGGACCAAAUAAAUCACUUCCUUAUUUAUUAUCCAAUAUGGGUUAUGACGUUUGGAUGAUAAAUGCAAGAGGUAACUACUAUUCUAGAGGCCACAUUAAUAUGAAUGUUAAUGAUGUUAAUUACUGGAAAUUUUCAUGGCAUGAAAUGGGAUAUUAUGAUCUACCUGCUGUCUUGGAAUAUAUGAAGAGUGCUAAAAGUAAUGACCUUUCCAUUAACUUUAUUGGACAUUCUAUGGGAACAACGUGUUUUCUAGUUUUGCUUUCCUCAUUAUCCGAUUAUAAUAAGUAUUUUAAGAUGGGUAUACUUCUAGCGCCUCUUUCAUUUUUAAAUAAUGCAAAAGGUCCAAUAAACUUAAUACCUAAAAAUCCAACCGAUCACGUGCUCAAAUUAUUAGGAAACGGAGAAUUCUUGGCGCAUCGAAGAAUUCCAACAUGGUUAAGAAGAGGACAUUGUACAAAACAAAAGAUGUUUUGCAGCAAUCCGUUAUUUUUUAUUACUGGUGGGGCCCCAGAUGCUGUUAAUUAUUGGGAAAACAGUUUCACUGCAAGAGUCUUACACCAUGUGCCAGCAGGUGGAUCUACGAAUACAAUAUUGCAUUAUGCUCAACUGGUAAAAAGUGGAAAAUUUCACAAGUUUGACAAAGAAGAUGAUGAAUACGAAUUAAGUAAGAUAACAGUUCCUAUUGCAUUUAUAACUUCUAGCGACGAUUGGCUUAGUACAAUACCUGAUGUAUUAAGAUUAUAUUUUAGUGUUACAAAUCCUAUAGACCAUUACAUUAUUCGUGAUAAAAACAUAAGUCAUACUGAUUUUGUUUGGGGCCCGUCAGCAAACGAGUUGAUAUUUGAAAAAGUAUUUUUCUAUCUAAUGAAUGGUUUGAAUUACGAAUCAUCAUAUUUUAAUGAGGUUUGA